CAAGAAUACAUAAGUAAGCGAGACAACAAAUUGCAGACACUCCAUUGAUCGUCGUCGUCGUCAUGCUUGUUAUCUGCCUGCACGUUCUCUUGGCUGUGUUUGCUGUUGCAGUCGCCGACCCCCAAUAUAUCAUCGACACGAAGUGCCCGGACAAGCCAGCGGACAUUGUUUUUGUUGUGGAUGGAUCAGGAAGCGAGGGGUCAUCUAAUUUCAGAAAGGAAACUACGUUUAUAAUCAAUUUUGUACAUAACUUCAAUAUUGGUCACUUAACAUCUCAAGUCAGCCUUGUCCAGUUUGCAACGACGGUGCGGAACGAGUUCAAUCUGAAGGACCACACCGAUAACUCAAGUCUUAACAGUGCUAUUUCUAGAAUUCGAUGGCUGAACGGCGAGACGUACACCGGAGACGCUCUCAACUACGUCGACAGGAACAGCUUCAGUCAAGCAAACGGUGGCCGUAACAACGUUGAUAAGAUCGUCAUUGUCUUAACCGACGGUGAGUCAAACCAUCCCAAUGAAACCGCGGUCGCAGCGAAGAAACUCCACGACCGCCGUAUUACCGUUGUUGCCGUCGGCAUUGGCAGCGCCGUCAAUCAGGAUGAACUCAACGCCAUUGCAAGUAACUCGAAGUAUGUGUUCCUUGUGCCCAACUUCGAUGCUCUUCACACAAUUCACCAGAAACUAACGGAUACAACCUGCAAAUUGUGUGACUCCUCACCCAUUGACCUGGCGUUCCUUCUUGACGGGUCGGGCAGCGAAGCCAGGCACAACUAUGGCAAUCAGCUCGACUUUGUGAAGCUUGUCAUUGGGGAACUCAACUUCCAUGGCAAUGGUACCCGUAUCGCCAUGGUAACAUUUGCCACAAACGCCCACAGGGACUUCGAUUUCAACACCUACAAAGAUUUACACUCAAUAAACAACGCCAUCGACAAAACACAUUACCCUAACGGAGAAUCGUACACUCAUUUGGGGCUGCAGUACCUCACCGACCACACAUUCGCAACUAAUAUGGCUAGAUACGGCUCCAAACACGUGGCCGUUGUUCUGACAGAUGGGCGUUCUAAUGAGGAAGAUCUUACCAAGAGAGAGGCUACUCGUCUGAAGGCCCAUGGUGUCUUAGUGAUAAGCGUGGGUAUCGGGUCUGACGUCCAGCAGGGAGAACUGAAAGCCAUUGCAUCGGGUGAUCAGUAUGUCCUCAACGUCAACUCCUCCGCGUCCUUGCCCUUGAUCCACGACAAGGUCGUCGACCUCCUGUGUGAAUCUAAAAAUGUAUUCACCACUACUCCAAAGCCCACGACAACGACAACAACGCCCAAACCUACAACCAGAGCGACAACUACACCGAAGCCAAGACUUGUGUGUGGUCCUUCCCCGGCCGAUAUCCUUUUCCUCUUGGACAACUCGGACAGCGAAGGAGCAGACAACUUCGCCAAAGAGGUCAACUUCGUCUACAACUUCGCCAACCGAUUCGUCAUUGAUCCGAAGCACAACCAGAUCAGCGCCCUCACAUUUUCCACAACUGCCAAGAACGAGUUCUGGUUCAACUCUUUCAAAACACACGCCGGGGUGACAACAGCCAUUAAAAACAUCCAAUAUGUCGGUGCGGGCACCAACACCGCGGCCGGACUGAAAAUGGCCAGGACACAGAGCUUCGCGAAGAUCCACGGGGCAAGGGAUAACUCUACACGGAUCGCUAUCGUCAUUACAGACGGUAGGUCCAUAAAUGAAACUGAGACAUUGAAAGAAGCAGCUAGUCUAAAGAAGACAGGAGUAACUAUCAUCUCCAUAGGUAUCGGGUUUGGACAGGACGACCAUGAGCUGAAAACUAUGGCCAGCACGCCGAGCUAUGUGUUUAGUGUGGAGAACUUUGAUGCUUUGAAGACCAUCCAGAGACAGGUGAUUGAGACGACUUGCCAGGAACACAAAGAAUGAUUGCAGGCCUGGUGGCUAUUUCCUAACAGGAUCGUAUGAGAUAAUUAAUUCUUACUUAUUGUAAAUUGUACCGAAUACCUGACAUUGUAAACUGACUUUGAAUUAAACGAUACUUCUUCA